CCCAAAGUGAAAAAGAAUAUUAUGUAAAAAGAAACAAAGCAAAGCUCUCUCUCUCUCUCUCUCUCUCUCUCAAUAUCUCACUCUCAAAGAGUACACUACACCAAAGCUGAUGAGCUGCAACGUAACGUAACUCCACUGUCUCCAAAAUCUCUGCUCCAUUUCUCGAGGCUUAUAUUCAUUUCCAUUCUCAUUCCAUGUCGUGUAUAUAUAAAUAAACCCCACCCCAAACUCCCUACCCACUUAUCCCUCUAGCUAGCUAGCUUCAUUACUCCUACAUCAUUCCCACCUUCGUUAACUUCCGAUUCAUCUCAGCUCGACUCAAGAUGAGUAGACCAGGGGACUGGAACUGCAGGGCGUGCCAGCACCUCAACUUCCAGCGUCGGGACUCCUGCCAGCGAUGCGGCGAGCCCAGGCCCGGAUCCGGCGGCGGCGGCGGAGUGGUCGACCCGUUUGGCGGCUUUGGAGGGGGUAGGCCCAUGGGAGGUGGGCCCGCUUCGUUCGGGUUCGCUGGGCCGGAUGUCAGGCCCGGGGACUGGUACUGCACCGUCGGCAACUGCGGAGCCCACAACUUCGCCAGCCGCUCCAGCUGCUUCAAGUGCGCUGCUUCCAAGGACGAAUCCUCCGCCGGCGGCGGCUUCGACGGCGACAUGUCUCGCAUGAGAGGCUACGGCUUCGCAGCAGCCGGCGGCGGCGGUGGAAGCAGCCGCUCCGGGUGGAAAUCUGGUGACUGGAUUUGCGCUAGGGUUGGGUGCAACGAACACAACUUUGCGAGUAGGACGGAGUGCUACCGAUGCAAUGCGCCAAGGGAAGCCUCCAUUGCCGGCGCCGGCAACAAGUCUCCUUAUUAAGCCGUUACCAAUAAAAAAAAAAAACUUCCCCAUGCAUUUUUGGGCUCACCGUUGGAAGCAUCAGAAGAGAGAAGAAGGGUUGCUGCUAGCAAGCUAGUUUAGAUCGUAUAAGAAGGGCAAAAUGAUGGGUCCUGGUCACUACUCCUAUUCUGGGUCUCUGCUAAUUUUGGUCCCUUCUCUUUAAUUUUUUUCUUUCUUUUUGGUUUCUUGGAUUUCUACCAACUUUGUUUCAAUGGAGCGAAAGGAGUAAGCUUUAUUAAUUAGAAGGAUUAAAUUAUGGUUGCAUGGUGGAAGGCUAGCUAUAAGGAGGCAGGAUGAUGAUAAUGAUGGUUUCAGCAUUUUGUGAGCUUCGAGAUUUUCUCUGCUGUUGGUUGAUUAUUAUUAUUAAUAUGGACAUGUAGCAGCAAGCACUCUAUGAUGUUGGUUUCGGUGUCCUUUUUGGGUUCUUGAUCAGUUUAGGGUUUUCGUUGUUACAAUCUCCCGUUAUGUGUACGUGUUGCUCCUCCACUUCUUUCUUAAUUUACCUUAAUGAAAAGGAAAUAUCUCCACCUCUUGUUUCCUCGUACGAACACUCUCGUGUCAACAAUGAUUUAAAAGAAAUUUGAUUCUCAUG